CCGAUUUUUCACACUUGCUGUCUGGUCCCCCUAAGGGAGAGAGACCCUGAGCUCCCUGGCCUGGCCGCAGCAGCCUGGGAUCCGGAGCAGAAGGGCGCCCUGGAGCCCCAAGCCAGCACCUGACCGGUUCCCGAAGGACAGCGUAACUCGCUCACCCCCCAUCCCCCGGACCCUGGGAGGGAAACUCAGGGCAAAGGCCAGGGGAAGGGCAGGGGCUCCCAGGCAGCUUCACUUCCCAGUGCCCAUGUGCAGCGGCGCCACACUUGCGCACUGGGGGCGCCCGAGGCGUUCGCACAUGCACAGUAGCGGAGAGGGACACAUUUUGAGAGCGGGCAGUGUUCGCUUCCACGGUGCGGCUCGGGGAACUCCUCGCUGCUCAGUCGGGGAGUGGCCCCGGGCGCCGCCGGACCAGGAGCCGCCAGGCGCGUCCCUUAGCUCUGCUUAGCGAGGGAGAGCCGGCUGGCCGGUCGGAGCAGGAGCUACUGGAGAGGUCGCCCGGUAGCCCGGCUGCAGCGGGAGCUGCCGGAGGAGCCCCUAACUCUGCCUAGCGGGAGGGAGCCCCCUGGAGCUGGCCGGAGCAGGAAGGGGAUUUUCGGGAGUUUAAGCUCCGUUAUUCCUAUUUAAAAUGCCUAAAAAGAAGCCAAUGCCCAUUCAGCUGAACCCGGCUCCAGAGAGUUCCACCAUCAAUGGGACCAGCACUGCGGAGACAAAUUUAGAGGCGCUGCAGAAGAAGCUGGAAGAGUUAGAAUUGGAUGAGCAGCAACGUAAACGUCUUGAAGCUUUCCUUACUCAGAAGCAAAAAGUUGGGGAACUGAAGGAUGACGACUUUGAGAAAAUCAGUGAACUGGGAGCAGGAAACGGCGGCGUGGUCUUCAAAGUAUCUCACAAACCUUCUGGCCUCAUUAUGGCAAGAAAGUUAAUUCACUUAGAGAUCAAGCCAGCUAUUCGAAACCAGAUCAUUCGUGAGCUACAAGUUCUACAUGAAUGUAACUCUCCAUACAUAGUGGGCUUUUAUGGAGCUUUUUACAGUGAUGGAGAGAUCAGCAUUUGCAUGGAACACAUGGAUGGCGGGUCCUUGGAUCAAGUACUGAAAAAAGCUGGAAGAAUUCCAGAGCAGAUUUUGGGCAAAGUUAGCAUUGCUGUGAUAAAAGGUCUCGCAUAUUUGAGAGAGAAACAUAAGAUAAUGCAUCGAGAUGUUAAACCAUCUAACAUUUUGGUAAACUCUAGAGGUGAAAUCAAGCUUUGUGAUUUUGGUGUCAGUGGACAACUGAUAGAUUCAAUGGCAAACUCGUUUGUUGGGACACGGUCCUACAUGUCACCGGAACGACUCCAAGGUACUCAUUAUUCAGUGCAGUCAGACAUCUGGAGUAUGGGAUUGUCACUGGUAGAAAUGGCCAUUGGCAGAUACCCAAUUCCCCCUCCUGAUUCCAAGGAGCUGGAGCUGAUGUUUGGCUGCCCUGUGGAGGGAGACUCUCCAGUUUCUGAGACUUCACCCAGGCAAAGAACACCUGGCCGACCAAUGAGCUCUUAUGGACCAGACAGCAGGCCUCCAAUGGCAAUCUUUGAACUUCUGGACUACAUCGUCAAUGAGCCUCCUCCAAAAUUGCCCAGUGGUGUUUUCAGUCCUGAAUUUCAAGAUUUUGUGAACAAAUGCUUAAUAAAAAAUCCAGCCGAGAGAGCAGAUUUGAAGCAACUCAUGAUUCAUGUUUUCAUUAAGAGAUCUGAAGCUGAGGAAGUGGAUUUUGCAGGAUGGCUUUGUUCGACUAUAGGCCUCAACCAGCCUAGUACACCCACGCAUGCUGCUGGAAUCUGAAUAUUGACAGCAAAUCUUGUAUUGUACAUCUGUUAAAACAAGGCUAUUUUGGUCUCAUUUCUCAAGCUUGUAUCUGUUCAAAUAUGUAUUUCACCUCUUAAGGAAGGAAGUCUGUUCUAGCAUGUGCCAAAUCUUGUUUGUUUUAAAUUUUUGUCCUAAAUUAAUUGGUGGUGUAUUGGAUUACUUUUACUGACCAAAAUGUUUGAGAUGUUGAAAUUAUAGUGCUUGCUGAUUAAGUGAACUUGGAUAUUUUUUGUAAUGGAAAUCUCACUUUGGGUACUUAGUCCCAGAUUGUUUGAGCUCUAUCAGGAUUCCUUGUAAGUUGGUGGUACUGUACUUCAAUCAUGCUUAUCUAGUCUCCCAUACAAGGUUGUUAGAGAUCCUCCUAAACAAUAUUUGUCAAGCAUGCUUUCGCUGUUAUCAAAAUGUGCAUCUCAAAGUUAGUCAUAAUGGUUCUGAUCUUGCUUUUGUGUAGAGAACUCUUGCCCGUUUAACUGGGAAGAGUCCUGUAUUGCCAUGAAACACAAGGCAUCAUGACUACUUUUAGACUUCUGUUUAUAUUUCUAUAUUUAUUUUUAAAUGUACUGUCAUACUUGGGAUUGUUUAGUAGUAUGUCUCCUUUAAUUGGUAUUUUUUAAAAAGUAGCUUUUUUUUGAAUGUCCUAUAGACUCAAGAGCUAAAAGUGCAUCAGACUUGCUUCCUUUUAACCCAACUAAAGAUGACUUAUGACAACUGUGUGUAUAGUGUCUAAAAUGUAUGAAAAUCCUUUUAAUUACUUAUUCUUUCAGAUGGUUAGCAGUUUAAGCUCUUAUACUAAUAAAUAUAUUAUCAAGUAA